CAUCCCGGUUGAAACUUCACAGGAAAUAUUUUAUUAUCAAAUACAAAUUAAUACAUUAUAACACCACCUUAAAUAAUUUAUUCGUAAGAUUUGGAAUUGAUAUCAGGCAAAUCCUUAACACCAUCCUUAUCAAUAAUCUGAACUUUGAAAUUGGGCAAAUUAAUAAUUAACCUCUUGUGAACUUCCUGGACGCAUUUUUUUAGCAAAUCGUACCCCUGCUCUGGAGUCAUAUUUUUCAAAUAGUUACGGUCCAUUAUGGACAAUGAAAAGUAACCUCCGUAGCCGUGAGCGGCGUAAUCUACACUCGCCAUGGACGCGAGAUAAUCCAUGAAGUAUAAUUGGGCACCUUCUUUUUCGUCAAAACCUGCUAGAAGAAGGUUGACCAUGUACGGAGACUAAAAGAUAUUUUUAUAGGAUAUUUGAUAGGGCAAACAUUCAAAUUCUUACCCUGCUCCGAAGAGCUUCAGCCAAAUUUCUACGAGUAAAAGCUGCCGCUUGUCUAGGGCUCAACUCGUAAGUGUUUCUCAUUUUAUACAGCUGAAUAUUUUUGGCAAUAUACUCGGAAAACUGAGUGGUAUCUCCAGAUUCACCGGAUACAGCCAUUACAAGAUUGUUGGAGAGCUUGUGGAGCUUGUUUUCGUCUUGAAAAUAAAAUUUAUUGUGGAGGCUUGAAAACUAUGGAAAAAUUGUUCGCUUACCUGAUUUCAUGACCAUUAUACUUUGGGCCGCUGUCCUAUCGGCAGCAAUAAGGACGAAAUCGUUGAAUUUUAUGCCCAAAAGACACUCCAUGAUUUUUAGUUAUUUAUUUGUUGAAGAAAAAAGAAAAUAUGAAAAACGCUUGGUAAUCCAAUGAUAUUUGUUUUUGAGGUUAGAAUAUACUUUUUGUCAUGUCAUUAGUGUCAUGAAGCCUAGGCUACAUACUCCGGAAUUUAUGGCCUUUAUUGAAAAACAAUAUGGCGACAGAGGUCAACACAAACGCAAAAAAAUUCAAUUAACAAAAAUUUAAUGACCUUGUUUCUAUUGAUUCUUUUGUCCUUCAAUGAUAAUUUAAUUAAGGUAAUGAAUCUGCAGCAAUUUUUAAUUUAAUUGAGUUUACCUUGUAUAAGACACACAAUGGAAGAACUGAAAUCCACAAGAGUUUUUAGCUGGUCUCCAUUGCCUCCAAAAAAAAAUCUGGAUUUCACUCGAAAAAAACCCGAAGCAAGAAAAAAUCCAACCGAAAAACCUCACUAUCCAAACUGCGACGUUCAAAUUUGGCUAAGGUCCUGUGAAAAAGAAAUAGUCGAGCCGUUACUAGGUAAAAUUACAGGCACCAUUCCUCACUGGUUGAAUGGUUCGUUGAUAAGGAACGGACCUGGUACCUUAAAAGCUGGAAAAGAUGAAUUUCAACAUCUAUUCGACAGUUCUGCACUUUUGCACAGAUUUGGAAUAAGCCAUGGCAAGGUGACGUACCAAUGCAGGUUCUUGCAAUCAGAAAUUUACAAAAAAAUCUGGACAGCUAACCGACUGGUCGUUACAGAAUUUGGAACCAAAGCUAUACCAGAUCCUUGUCAGACAAUUUUUCAAAAAGUAGCUACAAUGUUCAAUCUAAAAUCAGACAUGUCUGACAACGCAAUGAUUUCAGUUUAUCCAUUUGGAGAUGAAAUUUACGCUUUCAACGAAAUACCAUUUAUCCAUAAAAUCGACUCAAAGACUCUAGAAACUCUUGAAAGAGUUGAUUUAAGUGAACAUAUCAGCAUUGUGAAUCACACAUCACAUCCUCAUGUAAUGGAAGACUCCUCUGUGUAUAAUCUUGGCAUGAGUCUAUACGCCUCAGGACCUUAUCACAGCAUAAUCCAUUUUCCAAAAUCAGACAAAAUGUUUGAAGAUGCCAAAAUAGUUGCCUCGAUACCGGCACGAUGGCCUUUGCAUCCCUCGUACAUGCACACGUUUGGCAUUACCGAUAAUUAUUUUAUAAUUGUGGAGCAGCCUUUGAGUAUAUCGAUUCCAAGCUUGGUUGCGCUCAAGUUUCAAAAUGAACCUUUGGCUGGAGCUUUUCAGUGGUAUGGAGAUCAAUAUACGCAAAUUAACAUAAUAAGUCGCAAAACUGGCUCCCUAGUCAGCAAAUUCCAAGCCGAAACCUUCUUUUAUUUACACAUAAUCAACCAAUAUGAAGAAUCUGAUCACAUAAUCAUUGACAUUUGUGCUUAUCGAGACCCUUCAAUGCUGGAUUGCAUGUAUAUUGAAACAAUGCGGAACAUGCAAAACAAUCCAGAUUAUGCUAAAAUGUUCAGAGGCAGACCCAUAAGAUUUGUAUUACCUUUGAAACCCGAACCACUACACGAGGCGGGUGAUAGUAAUUUAGUUACUCUACCAGACACUAAGGCAACUGCAACUUACUUAGCAAACGGGGAAAUAUUGGUGAAAGCAGAAAAAUUAUGCAAUUUAGGCUGUGAAACGCCCAGAAUCAAUUACGAGAAACAUUUGGGCAAAAAUUACAAUUUUUUUUAUGCUAUAAGCUCUGACGUUGAUGCAAUUAAUCCUGGAACUUUGAUUAAAGUUGAUGUAAAGAGAAAUAGCUGGAAAACUUGGCAAGAGGAAGGAUGUUUUCCUGGCGAACCCAUUUUUGUAGUUUCACCAAACAGCAAAUCUGAAGAUGAAGGUAUUAUACUCUCAGUAAUGGUUUAUGGUAAUGACGAUACAAACCAUGUGGGUCUUCUCAUCCUGGAUGCACACACAUUUAAGGAAAUAGGAAGGGCCGAAUUUAAAACUCCGAGCGCUGUGCCCAAGUGCUUACAUGGGUGGUUUGUGCCAGGCAAAUAAUCUACAAACAAUUAAAGUUAAUAUAUAUUUUGUAUAUUACAUUUUUCUAAUAAAUUAAUAAACCAUUUACGUAUAAUCAACAACUGGAAGUGUAUUCAUAUAAUAAAAUAUAAUUACUAUUUGACUAUUGAUUAAUUAGUUAGUUAACUGUGAGUUGUUUUGCAAAAUAAUAAAACUUAAACUAUUUACUAUACAAGCACACUAGAAUAGAGAACAUAAAAAAUCAUGAGUGCAAAAGAAGGAUUCAACCAAUCAGCAGAUAGACUCUGUAAUAAAUAUGAAGGAAAGAGAGAGUAAAGAUAAAACCAGUUAAAGAGAGACCUUCCCUUUUUUGUCAAUGGUGUGUCUUAGCUGAUUUUAUCUCUCACCACAUUCGCUGUCGCUUUGCUUGUUGGACAGAAUCGUACCACUGAAUUUCAAAAAUGCCUUUUUAUUUUUGGGUAACUUAUCACGUUGAAUAAUUAUUACGAUUGUUGUGAGCUUAAAUUAAAACCAGUUAAAGUAGUAGUUUAACCCACUAAAGUGUGACCAUUUUAUGAAUAAAAUCGAAAAAUAUUCAUUAUUGUUUUGUAAUUUCCAAGAAAAUUUGAGACACAAAAUAUCACAUAAACCUAAGACAAUUUAGUAUAGCUCGGAGGUGAAAACUUUUUCCUUAAAAACUUCAAAAUGUAAAGCGGCAAGCACGAUAUCAACGUGAUUGCAGUUACUUUCCACAAGAAAUCCAGCGUUUUUAUGAAUUCGGCGUCAAAGUAAUCGUGUAAAACGAUUAGCGACAAGCCGUAAAGCGCCAACGAGAAAAAUUCGGCCAAAAUCAUCAAGCAGUGCCAAGUGCGGAUGUUCAAAGCCACCAUUAUUAAUUCGGUCAGGAUCAGUGAGGUAAAACUAAUGGCUACUAUGUGAAUAAAUUCGUCUUCGAAUAAUAAUAGAGCACCGUACAUUAUUACACCACCUGAAACAAAAAGAACAAAACCCAAAUAAAAAAGGUCUUGUAAGACAAACUCCUGCCCUUGGCCAGAUCCUUGUACAGUUCCGGAUAGGUGAGAGCAAUUUCGGGACUCACGUCCUGAUCUAGCACCAAACUGAACACCGGAAACAUGGUGUAAACAGUGGCAUAGCCCACCAUUAAAAAUCCUUGAUACAGCGCCACCGAGCUGAGAUAAAAUACGCUGCUAAACACUGCUUGCAUUGUAGAAAUAAUAAGGCCUCGGUGGAUGACGAAUUGAGACAGAGAGGCUGACCGUUUGUACGAUCUUCUGCCGUGGACCAGCAGAAGCCGGGCCAAAUGAGAAAAUUGAGGGAUGCUACAAAAAUAAAUGUUUAAUAAGAGUUAGUGAUGGGUUAAAAGUUGGUACCUGAAAUCACCAGCUAAACUAGCUUGUUUGCCUUCACGGCCUUCUAUACCGAUACCAGCGUCGGCUUGUUGGAUCAUGCUGACGUCGUUACCACCGUCGCCUACAGCCGCUGUACGUUUUCCUGUAUGUUGUUGGAUUAAUU